AUGUUAGGGACUUAAAAGUUAUUCUUGCAGAGAUACGCAGAUAUGAAUAUUUUGGAACACACGGAAAAGUACUGAAAAGUUAAAGUUUUGAAAUUUUAUAGCAGAAAAUUUAGUUACAUUGCUUCUAAAUUCUAUUCAUAAUGGGUCAACACAACAUCCCUUUACCACUGGUCAAAGGUCAUAGAUUGGUACUUUGCAAGGAAGACUUGGAGGAGUUGCAAGACGGAGGAUUCUCUGUUCUUUCUCAUGCGUUUAGACAGGAAGGACUCUCAAGGUCUCUAGUCGCGGCACAAGGAUUGAAGAUGAAGACCAGGCUUAGCGAAGACGGUACCAAACUCAUCGCGACCUACGAACUCCACCCCUUCGACUUUGAUCGAUCUGGUAGAGUCCAGGCCUGGACGUUCCUGCGAAUGCUGGAGUUCGCCCGGAUCGCCGCGAUCCGUCCGCUGAUUAAGGAGCACACGGGACCCCAGAACGACGGAGCCACCGCUUUCGUUCGCUACCAAAAAGUGGAGUUCACACCGCGCUUCUACGCCGUCGUGAAACCCGACUCUUCGCUGAUGAUGUCCACCUACCUCGGCUAUGUCGGCCGAUCCUCGCUGUUCUAUAACUACGAUAUCCGCAGCAACACCAGCAACGACAUCAUUGGUCGUAGUUCCACUCAGAUGGUUCGAGUCAACAGACAGACUCGACGGCCAAUAGCGUGGCCAGAUGAAUUGAUUGAGAACUUAAGUAAGGAAGGCCAUGAUAGGCCGACUAUCCCUGGGCCAUUUAAAGAAAGACCAGCUCCAAUGUUCGCGUGUAACAUUACCGUGAAUAACAGCGACAUCGAUGUCCGACAGCACACCAACCAGUCUGCCUAUCUAAGGUACUGUUUGGAUGCAGCUGCCGCAGCUGCGCGUAAAAACGUUUUCUCCGUCGUCAAGGACACCGCUCUCUGUCCAAUCAGAAAAGUCGGCAUCCUGUACCAGAGGGAGGCUCUGAUAGGGGAUGAGCUGACAGUGGAAGUGUGGGAAGAUCAGGGUUGUGCAGAAACCCUUUGUUUUCAGAUUAAGAGGGGGGAAGAAGAGAUUACCCAGGUCACUGUGCAGUUUUACACUGAGAAAGCCAAACUAUUCUGGCAUCUGAAACUCUGGAUUCUGGCGGCGAUAAUCGAUUCAAAUCAGCUGGCAAUUUUAUCGGGAGACAAGGCUCGACUUCGCAUCCCCGGGCUUCUGGAGACCGUGACAGGAUUCGCGCGGUAUCAGGAGUUCAGGAUUGAGCCAGCGUUCUACACAAAACUGCGAGCGGGAGACAGGGUGACUUCGACAAUGUCGGUCUCACAUGUCGGCAGGACAUCUUGGCUGCUGGAAGGAGACUUGCGACUAGCCUCUACCGGCGAGUCGCUCUGCUGUUCUCUCGGUCAAGGCGUCCUGGUGAACAUUGCGACCAGAAAGCCGACUGCGGUUCCCGACAACUUGAGGAAGUUGUUUCCGAAAAAGGAUUCCUUGCCGCGACUUGACGUCCCGACACCGUUACGUCCAGGCGAAACUCACCGCCACGACUUUGUCGCCCUCCCAAGCGACUCGGAUGCGAACGAACACACCAACUUCACGACGUAUAUCCGCUUCUGUGUUGACGCCAUCGCUACUUUGGUUAGGAAAGGCAUCUUCCUCAAGAAGGACCCAUCCAGGGUGAAGAAGAUCUCUCUGUUGUUUCAGAAUGAAACAAAAGAAGGAGAGAAUGUAACAGUGGAGGCAGCAGAAGACUCGGGCCGUCCGCACUGUCUCCACUUUCAAGUCAAGAGAGAAAGUAACGUGACGCCGUGGAAGCUCGCUCUGCUGAUCGGCUUCGCCCGUCUGGCUGCCAUCACCGAGAAGUCCGUCUUCCUCCUCCCCGGCUACUUGAAGACGAUUACCAGUUUCUUGCGGUACCAGGAGUUCCUUCUAGAACCAGCUUUCUACACCGACGUCAAGCCGCGCUCCUCUGUGGUGGUCACGGUGGGAGUCGGCCACGUCGGCAGGACGUCAUAUGAGCUGAAGGGAGAUGUCCGACUGGCGGGGUCCGGUGUGGUGCUGUGCCGCUUCUCCGUAAUGAGCGUAGUGGUGGACAUCACUACCCGCCGGCCCGUCCCCCUUCCCGAAACCUUACGGCGGAGAGGGACGGGACCCCGGCCGACAUCCUGCCUACCGUUCGCUUCGGAGCUUCCCGUGACGCAUUCUCAGCGGUUUGACGUGAGGGAGAGUGACUUAGACUUCAACGGGCACACCAAUCAGUCUAAAUACAUCCGUUUCUGCUGUGAUGCGGCUGCGUCUGCCGUUAAGUCGGGGCGGUACCCGUCUCUUAAGGGUGACCUUCUGAGUCACCGGUUGAAGAAGAUCGCCAUGUUGUAUGAGAACGAGGCUCUGUUGGGAGACCCGUUACAGGUGGAAUCAUGGGAAAUCCCGUCCAAGCCGGUGUCCUUGGGGUUCAAGGUCAGGCGGGGGGACGAUGACAUCAUCCAGGGUUUGUUCGAAUUGUACGGAGAGCAUGCGCAAAGGGCAAAGCUUUGAAGGGGGGGGGGUAAAAAUGCACGUUUUGGGAGUUUUAAAACGCCUGUAUAGUAAAUCGUCUUUCUCCCAAAAGGUCUUUUCAUAAUAGUACUGAGGCCAUGUUGAUUUAAUCAUGUGGAUGACUUCUGUGCGCGCAUCAAUUUGCGGCCAUUUAAAAAGAGUUUCAAACCCGUUGUCAAUCAUACAAGGCAGCUAUAAAAUGAGGUGUAUAGUUCUUCAAAAUUGCAAAACGUGUAAUAAUGCCAUAGAAUACCAAAUUCAAUUCAAAGGUCAAAGAAGAAGAUGUGAAAGAACAAAAAUGAAGACUUAAGUAUUAAGUGUAGCAUACUCUGUGUCUAGUCAUUUGUUCUACCUUCCUAACCACUAAGAUUUCAUAAUGAAGGCAAAUUUUUGUUGUAAACCUUGUUAACCUACAUUCGUGGGCUAUAUUUAGAGAUAUCGAGUCAACGAUGAUGAUGAUCGAGUCAACGGGCCACAGUUUCAGACGGCAAUAUUUUAAAGAUACAGUAUUUCAAUUUCAUAUAACAACAGAUAUAGGCUACCCGAGGAUAAAGGUAAACUAGCGUUAUAUAGUUCAUGUCUAAUGUGAAUAUUUGUAUAUGAUUAAGACGUUGAAUUUGUAAAUAUAAAGAUUUAUGUCAAUUAAGAUAUUUUAUACCGAUGUCAAUUAUAUACAUGACACCACUGG